CACGCUUAUCCGCGGAUUCUUAUCCGCGGAUGCUCAUCCGGGGCGACCAAAUCCGCGGCAGAGCCUUAGUACUACCAAGUAGUCAUGAGUGGUAGCUUUGUCCUGACCGCACGGCCACUAUCGGACAACUCCACACCUAUAAAUUUGAAGAAUCUCUAUCUGCUGCUCAACUUCCCCAUCACUCCAAUCCACAACUAUGACUACUCCGUAUCCUGGCCAGAAAACUGCUCUGAAUGUUGUCUUAGGGACAAUGACAUUUGCGGCACAGGGAACAUUCCGGGCGCGCGUCACUGAUCUUGCAGAUGUUGAGGCUAUUAUUGAUGUCUUUCUCAGCCAUGGCCAUCGGGAGCUGGACGCUGCACGCGGGUACGGUAAUGGCACGAACGAAGAACAGAUCGGAAAGAUCGACUGGAAGAGCAAAAAAGUGCUGAUGGAGACGAAGUUGUAUCCAAUCUCGCCUGAGACAAGCUACAUCGGUGAUCAUUCGCCUGCAAGCAUCCGAAAGUUCUGUCAGAUGUCUCUAGAUGCUCUCAAGACUGAUGCCCUCGAGAUCUGGUACCUGCACGCCCCCGACCGAAAGACCCCUUAUGAAGACACUCUGCGCGCUGUCAACGAGCUCUAUGAGGAGGGCAAAUUUAAGCGGUUCGGGAUCAGCAACUACAUGGCAUGGGAGGUGGCCGAGAUCUGUGGCGUCUGCGAGCGCAAUGGCUGGGUCAAGCCGUCUGUGUAUCAGGGCCUCUACAACGCGAUCCAUCGUGCUGUGGAACCCGAACUUUUCCCGUGUUUACGAAAAUUCGGGAUGGCAUUCUACGGAUUUAAUCCGGUCGGCGGCGGAUUCCUCACCGGCCGGUACUUAGACAUCACCGACGAAGUGGAGGACACCUCUCGCUUCCACAGCACGGAUCGUGCCAGCAUUGCAUACCGCAAGCGAUACUGGCAGCAAGCUUACUUCGACGGGUUGAGGAAAAUCUCGACCGCAGCUGAGAAACACGGCCUGACAAUCAUUGAAGUUGCCUUGCGCUGGACCAUGCAUCAUUCUUUGAUGAAACGUGAAUUCGGCGAUGCGGUCCUCAUCGGUGCUUCAAGCGUCGCCCACAUCAAACAGAAUCUGGAUGACUUUGAAAAGGGACCUCUGCCCGAAGAAGUUGUCGAUGCUUUAGACGAGGCUUGGGCUGGUGUGAAGGGCAUCGCAAGCAACUAUUAUCACUAGUUUAUGCCAACAAAGUCAAAUUGGUUCUGAAAUUUGGCCUAAGUCGUAUGUGCCGCACUGUAUUAUCACACAGUGCAAACGGUGGUAGUGGAAUCCCA